AUGUACAAAGAUGAAGGCAAGAAAAAGAGAAGGCAGUACAAAGAUGAAGAAAAGCAAAAUCUAUUUGCCAUGAUCUUGGAGAGGUCUUCUUUGGGUAAAUUGAAUCAUGGAAUUACUAAAGCUAUCGCCGAAGAAACAAACAUUCCUUUGCGAACUAUACAACUGAGAUGGCUGGAGGGAAAGAAGGCUGGUGGAUUGCAGGGAGUCUUGAGCAAGAGGACCAAGAAUUGUGGCCGCAAGAGGAUUGCUUUCAAUGAAGAUGCCAUAAAGGAUAUUGAUCUAAGAAAGAGAACAAGUCUCCAAGAUCUUGCUAAUGAGUUGAACAUGGCAAAGACUACCUUAUUCAGGCGUUUGAAGGAGGGCAGACUCAGGCGGCAUUCUAAUGCCAUCAAAUCAACACUGACAGAAGAAAACAAGAGGGCUAGGGUUCAGUUUUGUUUGUCUAUGUUUCAGCCAUUAAGCAUCCCAGAAGAGCCAACAUUUGAUGGAAUGUACAACGUCAUCCACAUAGAUGAGAAGUGGUUCUAUCGCACUCGGAAGAAUCAAAAAUUCUAUUUGGGUCUCAAUGAGGAAGAUCCGAAGCGUACCACACAAAACAAGAAUUACAUUGAAAAAGUGAUGUUCCUUGCUGCGGUGGCGAGGCCUCGAUAUGAUGAUGAUGGCAACAUGACAUUUGAUGGCAAGAUUGGCAUAUGGCCUUUUACAUUCCUAGAGGAGGCUAAGAGGGAUAGCAAGAACCGCGACGCGGGAACAAUUGUUACUAAGGUGUUGCCGGCGGUGACAAGGAAAGUUAGCCAAGAUUACAUGGUGAACAAACUUCUUCCUGCCAUUAAGGAGAAGUGGCCUGCUUCGGACCGCGGUUAUCCUAUAAUCAUACAACAGGACAAUGCCAAAACUCAUAUUCCCGUCAGUGAUCCAUGUUUUGUGAAGCCGCAAUGGCAGAUGGAUGGAACAUUAGGUUGA